AGCUGUUUAGCAAUUUCUUGACCAUGAUAGAAACUUUAGGAAACAUUUUGACCAUAUCUAGUGAUGUUUGUGUCGUUUUCCUCAAUCUCAUCAUAAAUACUUUAUCAUUCAGCUUUAACGUGAGCUACAUCGUUGGACAGCUGAUCGUCAAGUUCGUUGUUGGUGUUGUGUCUUUGGUUGUGAGCUGUGUUUUGGGUCUACAGACUUUGCUGCAAGUUUUAGCUGAAGAUUCUUUUGUAUUUCUGUCAGAUCUUGGAACGACCCUUUCCUUUCUUUACCAGGGAAUAUUAGUGGUUAGUGAUGCUUUCAUUCAUGCCAUAUUAGGUGCUAGUUCUGCAUUAGGGCAUGGUGUGAAAGCUGUACAAAAUACUGCUGUUUAUAUUUCUUUGGGACUUGUGGAUUUAGUUUUCUCGAUUUUAUAUAGUAUCCACCAUUGCUUGCUUUUAAUUAAGAACUCGUUAGUACUUGUUGGUCUAACAUCAUGGGAUCUGUUCACAUUUCUUCCAAACUUACUAAUGGAUGUAAAACGAGAAUUAGUUUCAGUAGUUAUUCAUUGUAUGGCAAGUUUAAGAGAUGUUGUUAAUAGCCUACGUCUCUGGAUACACUGUGGUAUCCAAGGACUUCUCCUUUUUGUCUCAGAUAUCCCAAGCGAGUCCUUAUACGGAUUGCUGGUCUGUUUUACAAUUGUCUUCUUAUCAAUCAAGUAUCACCAUAGCAUACGCCCCUUGAUUGUAAGAAAUAUUGUUUACUUUUUGACACAAGGUCAAAAAACUCUUAUUACUGCCUGGACGUAUUUAGAGGCUUUCACAUUCUGGCUUCUGACGAAUCAAAUGACUCCAUCCCCAAACGGACCUCGCCGCUUUGGUAUUGAAAGGACAUACCAUGUUGAUCAAUUAGGAGGAGCACACUCAAAUGAAGACGUACCCCAAAGAGAUGAAACUGCAGAUAAUCUUGCGGAGUUGAUCGAAAGAAAAGCACAUCAAGAACCAGAAGAACGCCUGUGUGUAGUGUGUCAGGACAAUGAAAAGUGCACAAUAAUUUUACCUUGUAGACAUGUUUGUUUAUGUUAUGAAUGUUGCGCAACUAUAAAACGAACCCACGGUCGUUGCCCUAUUUGUAGACAUGUUGUUAGAAGAACAAUGCGUGUGUAUAUCUAAAAUUAUUUAGUAAAUGUGCAUUUUAAAAAUGUAACUGUUACUUAAUUGUGAAUGACUGAUAUUGUAUGUGAUUCACAUUUAAUUCACAUGUUCAAAGGCUUUUCACAAUUGCCUAAGUGUAGUGUUUUUUGUGAAAAAUGUUCCAGUUUCUCGUUCUAGUGUACAAACUUUUUUUUUUUUGCAGCCAUGCUCCUGACUAGUCUUUAUCACAAGUGAGUCAUGCUGAGAAACAAAUCUAAGCCUCCGUCCGAAUUCUCAUCAGUCCGGCCCAGUGUAUUUCUUUUCGUGGCUUUCCCUGGGUGAUAGGGGGUGGAACGCACAAAAAAAAUAUUGAAGGGACCAGACCAAUGAGAAUUUAGACGAAGUCGAAGUUAGGAAUUUGCAAGUUUAAUUUUCAAAAGCCAUUUAUUUGAAGGUAAUUUCCUCUCAAUCUAACUGUUAUAAAUAGGGCCGGGUAAUUAAUUCUAGUUGUAAGUUUUAUAUCUAAACCUUAGUUCUGAGAACUUUGAGACUGAAACAGAAUGAGUGCAACAGGAAGAUAUACUGUUCUUCUACUCAGUAUCAGAUGAAAGAAACUACA